AUGGCCGCUACCGCUACCACCGUCCCCACCCAGAACCAGGUGCUGGUCCCUGAGACCCUCCUGAAGAAGCGCAAGAGCCAGGAGCAGGCUCGCGCUGUCGCCCGUGAGGACGCCCUGAAGAAGAAGGAGGCCAACAAGGAGAAGCGCACCACCAUCUUCAAGCGUGCCGAGUCCUACGUCCAGGAGUACCGCAGCGCUGAGCGUGAGAAGCUCCGCCUGGCCCGCGUCGCUCGCCAGGAGGGCAACCUCUACGUUGCUGAGGAGCCCAAGCUGGUCUUCGUUAUCCGUAUCAAGGGUAUCAACAAGAUCGCUCCCCAGCCCCGUAAGAUCCUGCAGCUGCUCCGUCUGCUCCAGAUCAACAACGGUACCUUCGUGCGCCUCACCAAGGCCACCCAGGAGAUGCUCACCAUCGUCAACCCCUACAUUGCCUACGGUUACCCCAACCUGAAGAGCAUCCGUGAGCUCGUCUACAAGCGCGGUUACGGCAAGAUCAACAAGCAGCGUGUUCCCCUCACCGACAACCAGAUCAUCGAGGAGCACCUCGGCAAGUACGGCAUCGUCUGUAUGGAGGAUCUGAUCCACGAGCUGUACACCGUUGGCCCCAACUUCAAGCAGGUCAACAACUUCCUGUGGCCCUUCAAGCUGUCCAACCCCAACGGCGGCUUCAAGACCCGCAAGUUCAACCACUUCAUCCAGGGUGGUGACUUCGGUAACCGUGAGGACAACAUCAACGCCCUCAUCCGCCAGAUGAACUAAGUUCGUUCUGUGUGGGCGGUUUGUUCCUGUUCGUGACGGAUGAAUGGGCUGUUUGCGGCAUUUAGCGGUAUAAUGGUCUGAUUCCAGAUGAAUUAAAAGUUUAACGACGAUCUUAUGUACCUGUAAUAUGAUAUACCCCUUUUCAAGUAGUCUUCCUUAC